AUGGCCAAGAUACUUAAAUAUCCAGGUUGUGAUCGAGAAAUAAGAACUGGUAAAACUCGAGAUCUUAAUAAACACAUGAAUUUAAAUAGAAAUCUUCAUAAAGGACAAUGCCAACCAGCUUUGCUUAUAAUGCAAAAUGUAGGAAAUGUUACUCUAGAGCAAAAUACACCUCAAACUGAAAAUGUUACUCUAGAGCAAAAUCCGCCAUCAACUCCUGAAGAAUCAGAAAUGAGUCAAAGACUCGAAGCUCAAUAUCCUCAAUACUCUGCAUCAUCUAGUUCAAAGCAAAAUAGCAUGAGUUACCAAGAUAAAACUAUCUUAAUUCAUAAAAAUAUAGCAAAUGGAUUUGAGUUUUAUGAUAGGAAAAGAAAAUGGUAUGGAGUUAAAGAAGAUUUUUGUACAUUACAUAACAAAUAUUAUUUUAUUAAAGCAAAUAAUAGAGAAACAAUUAUGGAAGCAUACAAAAGAAUUAAUGAUGAGUCUGAAGCUAUUGCUAAAAAAACCAAUAGUAGAAUUGAUAUGCGUAAAUCUAGAAAUUAUACAUUAACAACUAUAAAAUUUUUUAAAGAAACCACUUUAGCACCUCAAAAAAGUGAAAAAAUAAAUGAACAAGAAAAAAAAUGGAGUAAAUUUCCAUAUAGAAUUUAUAAAGCAACAAUAAAAGGAAAUCCUCCAAAGAAAAGUCUUCAAUGUACGAGAUAUUUACGUUAUAAUCCACAUGGAAUUUACACACAUUAUGAUUUAGAAUGUGCGCAAAAAAAUAGAUUGAAAGGUAAUAUAUUAUACAAAAUUAAAAAAGAAGGUGGAAUAGAAGAAAAAGUUACUGGAAAAGUAGAACUUAAAACAGGAAUAGAAAUGGGUAAGCUGAAAUUUGAGAAAAAUGGAGUUUGUGUAGUAAAAAAUUGUAUAUCAAUUAUAUGGAAACCAUCAUAUCCAGAAAUUCCAAAUUUGAUUAUUUUUAAAGAAAAUAAGCUUCGCUCUACAAAUAGUUUACCAGAUUUUGAGAAAAUAUAG